AUGUCGUCGGUAAUUGAUGAAUUAGCAGAAGAAAAUAAAGAAAGUAUUACACUUGUCUGGUUUGAUCCAAAUCCAAAUGAAAAAGUAAAAACAACAGACAUGAUAAAAAAAUUAAGAUCAAUCAAUGAUUAUGUUCUAAUUGAAACAAAUGAAGAAGAAUGUAUUUCAUACAUUAAAAAAGUAACAAAUGAAAAGAUUUUCUUAGUCAUACCAGGAACAUCAGCUAAUAUUCUCUUACCUCGUAUUAUUGAUUUGAAACAAAUUGAAGUUAUAUUUAUAAUUUGUGAUAUUCGAAGAAAAUAUUUCUAUUUAUUGGAUAAAUAUCCCAAAAUAGCUGGAAUAUUUAUUGAUCAAGAAGAUCUUAAUUCAAAUAUUCGUAAAAAUAUUCGUUCAUUAAAUAAACAAAUGGAAGCAUUUAGUUUCUAUGAUCAAAAACAAACUGUUUCAAUGGAUUUAUCGGAAAGAACUGCUGAGUUUCUUUGGUUUCAAUUAAUUCAUGAUGUUGUGAUUUGUCUUCCAUCGAAUAAUCAAGCAAAACAAGAAAUGAUUGAUACAUGUCGAAAUUAUUAUCGUGGAAAUGAAAUUGAAUUAAAAUUAAUUAAUGAAUUUGAAAAAUGUUAUUCACGUGAAGAAUGUAUUCGAUGGUAUACAAAAGAAACAUUUGUUUAUAAAAUGAUUAAUAAAGCAUUACGUACAGAAGAUAUUCAACAAUUACAUACAUUUAGAUUUUAUAUUAGUGAUUUAUCAUCAACUCUUGCACAUCAACAUAAGAAAUUAGAAGAAUCUAAUGAAGAAAUAAUAACAACUGUUUAUCGUGGUGCUCAAUUAACAAUUAUUGAACUUGAACAAUUUCGAUUAAAUGAAAGUAAACUUAUUUCAAUUAAUGGUUAUUUAUCUACAAGUCGUUUACGUUCCAUCGCACUUCAUUUUACUACAAAUGAUCUGAAACGAUUAGAUACUCUUCCAGUUUUAUUUCAAAUCGAAUGUCAAACAGAUGAAAGUAAUUGUUCGAUCUUUGCCGAUAUUUCACAAUUUAGUGAUUUCCCUGAUGAACAAGAAGUUCUAUUUGAUUUAGGUACUGUUUUUAAAGUUGAGACUGUGAGUAAAGAAGAUAAUUUAUGGAAAAUUUGUUUAAAUGUAACAGAUGAUGGACGAGAAAUAGCUAAACAAUAUAUUGAAGAAACAAGAAAAGAAAUGGAAGGAGAUAGUGUUGCAUUAUUAUUUGGUAGAUUAAUGACGAGAAUGGGUCAUUAUAAAAGUGCUGAAACUUAUUUUCUACAAUUAUUAAAAGAUCCCGGAAGUGAAAAUCCAGCUCAUAUUCAUAAUCAACUUGGUUUAAUCUAUGAAGCUAAAGCUGAAUUUCGUCCAGCUAUGAAUCAUUUCAAUACAGCGUAUAGAUUAAUGAAAAGAUCAGAUCCACCAUUUCUUAAAGAUUCAGCACAUGUAUUACUUAAUAUGAGUCAAAUUUUAAGAGAACAAGGAUAUUAUAAUAAAGCACUUGAACAUAGUAUUAGAGCUAAACAAGUCUUGACUGAAUUAAAUGAUUCAAAUGAACUUGAAAUGGCACAUUGUUUACAUAGUAUUGGAUCUUGUUAUCGAGAUCAAAGACAAUAUUAUGAAGCACUUAAUCAUUAUGAACAAGCAUUAACUAUUGAGAAUGCAUCCUAUUCCGCGAUGUUGAACAUUGGAGGAAUCAAU